AUGCAAUAUGACUUGCUUUGCUCAUCAAGUCCUGCAUACUGCAUGCAGAAACUCGAUCUCCGUGGCAGCCAUGGGAAUCCCGAGGCUGCCCAGGUGGUGUCACAAGCUGAGUCAGCUGACUACGGGAAAGCCGUUCCCGAGGCCCGGGAGCUAAGAAUUUUGCGUCGAGGGUUCUCCAGCUCAAUUGAGGUCCGCCAGCACUGA